GAGGGGACAUGCAGUCAGGGGAUGUUGGAGCAGCCGAAGUGUGGUCGCGAGCGCCCAUUGGUGGUAGCAAUUUUCUGGGGCCCAGCUUGAGCUGCUAUUAUUGACCUCUGAUUGCCUUUCUCUUGUGAGGGGUUAUAUAAAGAGCGGAAUCAUGGGAAAUACAGCCGGCGAAAGCAUUGGCAAGCCGGAAGCGCAUGCAUAUACAAAAGCUGAGCAGAUGGACCAGGAUGAGGCACCAUCGCUUCCCUUCUUUGCUAGGAGCUGGCGUCUGGCAAGGAGUUUCACUGGGGGUGUCUCAAAUAUUGCGGGGAUGGUCUGGAGAAGCGACAGGGACUUUGAGAGAGCUCUGGACAACCUGUCCAAGUUUGAGGAUGCCUUGAAAAACCGUAUUCAUAGACGUGGAAGCAACUGGCGGUGGUUUGCUCGCUCAAUCAUGCUGUGGUCAGCUGCCUUGGAGGUUGUUUUUCUAAGCUACGCCAUUGUCAUGACGCACUCAGGGGGCCUGGAAUGGCAGAGGCGUGCUUUGAUAGUUUUGCCGGUCUUCCUCCUCCCAGCUUGUGCAACCCUGCUGUACAAAGUCCUCGCAAGGUACUACAGAAUGAGGGAGCGCCAGGACAAGCAGGCCCUAGCUGACGUCCAGCAGAAGAUGAAGCGGAGACUAGACGAAGUGAAGGACAAGUCCAACUUCUAUCGCACUCUGGAGGUCAUCCAGAAGUACGACAAUGACCCUGUCGUCAAGGCCGCUGCCGCGACUGUGCUUGGGUCCAAACUUGGGUUGAAGACAGACCUACCGCCCGAAAUACAAGCCCAUCUUACGCCCACCAAAUCCGCUAGCACCCCUGAUCGCUCCCCGUCAAGCGGGCUCAGGAACCGACGAUCGUCUGGGGCGCAUCCCCCGAGCUCGCUUAACCCAGAGGUUAGCUCCCAGGGUGUCCCUAGGUCCGCGCAAGGAAGGGUGUCGCAGGAGGGGAACUCUCCUCGACCUAGUUACGGAGCCCCGGGCCCCGGGUUUGAAGGGUUUGGCCCGGCGACGGCAGGGAACUGGCAGCCGGGGCAGCAUCAGACGGGGGGGGUGGUUGGGAUGUUGGAAAGAGUCGCUCAGAUGCUGGUCGGGGAGGACCCCACGCAGUGCUACGCCCUCAUCUGCGAGCGGUGCCGGCAGCACAACGGCCUGGCCAAGAAGGAGGACAUGGAGGUCCUGAUGUACCACUGCAGAUUCUGCUCCCACUUGAACGGGACAAAGGACGACAACAUCGAGCGGAAGUGCCGCUGUUACUUCUGCAGCGAGAUCCGGAGAAGGACGGGCGUGGAGCUGGAAGCACCAUCGCCUGAUACCGGAACCCCUAGGAAAGGUGAAAAGUCAAGCGCAGGAGGAUUGGAGAGGAUCGGCGACGACGGAGAACAACCAACCGAAGAAAAGAAUGUCGAUGGAAAACGUGUAACAGUAGGAGGUCGUGGUGACUUGACAGAAUUGCGGGGAAGUAAAACAAGCGCUUUGAGCCAAAGUGGGAAGGGGAGCUCUAAGGGGGCGAUUGAUGAAGGGUGGGAGGAUGUGAAAUCUCGGACAAAUCAACCGGUCACUUCAAAUGUUUCCCUUCGCCUUUGCAGUGAAGAGUUGCAACAUGGAAAGGCGAAAGGCUGAUCCAAAAAUCUGACGAGAAGUUAAAGAGGAUGGAGUGAGUAAACGAGGUGGUCAUACAUACCUUUCAAACUAUACAGCGCCUCUUGUACAGUUUACACUGAACGCCACCUGAGAUUAUAUGAUAUGCAGACUUAGUAAGACAUUAGGAUUGAAGCAGCAAGACAGUCACGUUCAUGCCGCGGCCCACCUCCGAGAAUCACUCCAAUAUACGGACCUGGGUUGCUUGGUGACACGUGAACUUGAACUCCUGCAAGUGCGUCGAAUUCUUGAUUUCUUCGACCAC